UUGGGGAAGUGGCUGCGGCGAUCCAAUUCCUGAAGGAAGUGACGUUGGAGCGAGCGCGCGCUCGUGGUGCGCCGAGCUGCUCCCUGAUUGGCUGCUUGUAUUUCAACCUCGCCUCCGGCGUGCGUCCGCAGGCGGGGCCUAGAGGGUAGAGAGUAGCUUUAUUCUUUCUUCAGGUCGUGGGCCUAUUAUCGUCGGCGUUUGUUUAGGGAUUUGGAUCGGGUUCUUAGUGUUUGAAGAGUGUGAGUUUGCAGAGGAUGAAGGGAGAGGGAAACUGGGACUCUGAAGAGCUGGAAAAUAAGCUGGGGUUCUGCCACGUGGUGGCGGUGGCUAGAGACGGUGGGCGUGUACCUUUACCUGUUUUAAACCUGCCUUACCUCAUCUCUCCGACGAGGGGUGCCAUAGCCUUGCGCCCCGAAGUUCAGGGAAAACUGAGGGGAAAUUGCUGCAGUUCUACAGCAUUGAAGAAAGAAUCCAAAAAAGUUUUUCAGAAGUACGAAAUUAUGUCAUCUGAAAUGUUGCCAGCCUUUAUUGAGACUUCUAAUGUUGAAAGAAAGCAAAACUUAAGUGAAGAUCAAGAGCAGAGCCAGAAGCCAAAGUCAGGUGAAGGGUCUGAACCCAUAUCUAAAAGACAGAUGAAGAAGCUAAUAAAACAGAAACAAUGGGAAGAACAACGAGAACUUCGCAAACAAAAGCGAAAAGAAAAACGCAAGAGAAAAAAAUUAGAGCGGCAAUGUCAACUGGAAUCAAACUCUGAUGGAAAUGACAGAAAACGUAUUCGGAGAGAUGUUGUUCACAGCACACUCCGCCUUAUUGUUGACUGUAGUUUUGACGACUUGAUGGUAUUGAAGGACAUUAAGAAACUUCAUAAGCAGAUUCAACGAUGUUAUGCAGAAAACCGACGAGCCUUGCAUCCUGUGCAGUUUUACUUGACAAGCCAUGGAGGCCAGCUAAAAAAAAACAUGGACGAAAAUGACAAAGGAUGGGUCAACUGGAAGGAUAUCCACAUCAAGCCAGAGCACUAUAGUGAACUCAUAAAGAAAGAAGACCUGAUUUAUCUUACGUCAGAUUCACCCAAUGUAUUGCAGGAAUUAGAUGAAUCAAAGGCCUAUGUGAUUGGAGGAUUGGUAGAUCACAAUCAUCACAAGGGAAUCACGUAUAAACAAGCAUCAGAUUAUGGAAUUGAACAUGCACAGCUCCCCCUUGGAAAUUUUGUGAAGAUGAAUAGUCGAAAAGUUUUGGCAGUUAAUCAUGUGUUUGAGAUUAUUCUGGAAUACCUGGAAACAAGAGACUGGCAAGAGGCAUUUUUUACUAUCUUACCCCAACGUAAAGGAGCUGUUCCCACAGACAAAGCCUGUGAAAGUUCUUCGCAUGACAAGAAAUCAGCCAGUGUUGAAGAUGGAUUGGACAGUGAUUCCAGUGAGGAGGAAUAUAGCAGAAAUGAACUAGAUUCAGCCCAUGAAGAAGAAAAUCAGGAUAAAGAAAAUGGCAUGGAAUCUACAGUGAACUCUGUACCACACUAGUGUUAUCUGGGUUUUUUUUUUAGUUUAAGAAAAAAAUUAGAAGAAAUUGAGGUUCUUUACUGAAUAUUCAGAAUUGGAAGAAAAUUAUAUUUUUUCUUAUUUCUGUUGUUUUUUAAAAAAAUUUUAAAGCUAAAUGAUAAAAAGCCCUUUAAACUCUGUAAGCAAGCAUUUUUUUUUUGUUUUUGUAUAAGAUGACUUAAAUGUGUCUGUUUUUUUAUAUCAUUUUCUAAGCCUCAGAUGAGACAUUCUAGGGAAUAUUACUUUCUUAGUAUGCCUUCAUUCUCUCUCAUUUACUGGAUUGUAUUCUUUAGAAUGUGUCUUCUGUCCUUUCAGUUUUUUAUUUUAUGUUCAUAUCAGUGUUUUUCUGAUCUUUUAGAUACUUGUCUAUAGGAACAGAUAUUCAUAAAUCUGCUAUGACUACCAGAGUGCUCUGUUUUGGGGAUUACCUACUAUUAGCUUGCAGAUUUUAUAUUCAAUUUAGUUACAUCAAAGGAAUAUAGUGAUUUUAGGAAGUAUCAGGUUGACAGAUUCAGCAAUUCAUUUCUUUUGGACUGUGGAGCCCAUAUCUGUUCAUCCUUUUCCAUACAUUUUCACAGUUCUAAAACAAUCACUGAAGAAAUGAGAAUCUCUUUAAUAUGUUUUCUUUAUUCCUGUUAAAAAAACCUGUUGUGGCUGAGUCAGUUCUGACUCAUAGCGACCCUAUAGUACAGAGAACUGCCCCAUAGAGUUUCCAAGGCACGCCUGGUAGUUUUGAACUGCCAAUCUUUUGAUUAGCAGGCGUAGCUCUUGAGCACUACGCCACCAAGUGGUGGUAAAUUAUUGCAAUUAUAAAAUUGAAUUUUUGCAGGCUAAAUGAUUUUAAAAGGUUAGUUUUGAAGAAUAAAAUUUUUUUAGCUGAAUAUAAAAAGGAAAAUUCUUCGCAGCUAUCCUUUCCUUCCAUAUUUUUUAAAAAUACUCGUUAGCUUUUAAAGUGAAUAAAGUUAGCUUUUUAUGUGCAUCCACCUGCUAUGAAAACAUGCAUAUGAUAGUAUAGACAUUAGUUUGUCCACAUUGUGUGUGGUCCUCAGUUAUUAAUUGAUGAUAACAGGAUUGAGUUGCCAUAUAUCCAUAUUAUUUGAGUGGGUGGUUGUAUUGAACAACACUAAGCAAUUUGAAUUUAAUUUAGUGCAAAAAUCCAUGACUAAACAUUUUUAUUGGACAUUUAGCAAGGGAGGAUGGGGCUAAAGGGAGUUGUUUUAAUUAUGUUGUUGGGUCAAUUCUAAAUGACGACCUCGUGCAAAGUAGAACUGCUGCAUAAGGUUUUUAAGGCUGUGGCCUUUCUUUCAAGGCACCUCUGGGUGGUUUCGAGCUACCAGCCUUUUGGUUAGUAGUCUAGUGUUUAACCAUUUGCACCAUUAUGUAGAGCAGUUGUGUUUAAGGUAUAGUGAUUAUUCUUUGUCACAGCUAAAGUAAAAUUGCAGGAGUGUUCAUUGAGUUUGGGCAAAAUAAGUGGUUUUACUCACUGGUCUCUCAAAUUACAUACAUAUUAAAAAGUUCAUUGGAUUUAAUGUUGAUGUUCACUGUUUCUUUUUGUUGCAUUAGUAAUCUAUUAAUACACUUAUUUUAAAGUCUGUGAGCAAGGUAUGUAAAUAAAGAAAAGCUCCUGUAAUUCUAGAGGGACAAAGUUUAUGUCUUAAGUUGUAUAUUUCACAUUAUUCUGAGUAAAUAUGGUUUACUAGCAUGAAAUAGUGUGCCUUUUACUUGUAUUAUUUUAUAUGAAAGAGCACAGUUUAAUUUUGAAAGGAGGGGAAAAUUCAUUACAAGUAUUAUGUAGUUUAAUUUUCACUAAUUAUAAGAGGUUCAUAUCUUAUUUGGGCUGUUUGUAACAAGAAGACGAUAACAAUCUCUUUUGAAAUAAUUUCUGAGGUAUUUAGAUUUUUUAUUUUUUUAAUUGCAUAAAUUUUUUAAUAUUACUCUUUUUCUCAUUUUAAUAUAUUCUUGUUCAGUAUUGUUUCGGUUGAUUUAGGUGCCUUAUUUAUAUUGGAUAUAGACUCAUCAAAAGGAUAUAUGCCUGUUGAAAUAAGAGGUUUCUUUCUCAUAUGUUUAAAAACCUUUGGCUUUCAUAAAGCAAGCUCAUUCUUAAGGGAAGGGGUGGAUCUGCAAUUCUUCAGUCUGAUUCUCCAGUGACCAGUGUAUUGACAUUCUUUAGUAUUUGAAAAUGCUCAUAAUGGAAGAAGCAGAAAGGAAAAAAGAAAUUCUACUGAAGAAAUGUCUUUUAGGAGGUGAAUGAACAAUGAUAAAGCCCUUCAAUUACUGACAAUUACAAAGUAAAGUGAUAAAUAUCAUUUCACUUUUAUCGAUAGGUUACUGAGAUAAUGUAGAUAAAUGGCAAGAAUUUUCCAAAGAGUGCUGAGAACAUGUAUGGGUGUAAAAUGAUAAAGAAAAAAGAAGAGAAAAUGGCAGUAAUUAAAAUUAGUGCUCAUUAAAUUUUGAUCUCCAUUAGCAUAAGGGAAUUUAUCUUUGUUUCUCUAGCUCAUUGCCAGAUACAUAUAGUAGCUACUUAAUAAAUGUGAAGAAGAGAACCAGUGGCAGAAUGAAGAGUGUGGUUAAUAAAAAGAGUAGGGAAUAGGACUAGGGCUUAAAUCUCGGCAUUGCCUCUUGUUCGUUGUUUGGGCAAGCUAUUCAACCCUUGUAUGUUUCAGUGUUGUUUAUAAAAUGGGAAUGUUAAUAAUACCUGUCGGAGUGCGGAGGAAUCUGAGAGAAUGCAUGUGAAUGAUUCAUUAUACUAGGUGCUCAAUAAUUAAUAUGCUUUCCCUCCCAUCUGUAGCAUAGUUAAGAAGGCAGGGAGCUAUGAUAUAUUUUUCCCACCAUAAAACUGUUAGAAUAGAAAUGUUAAAGUAUAAAUUAUCAGUCUGCUGGGAAAUGGAUUUGAAAAUGGCUUAUUUUCUGAAAACUUCAAGUAACAAGUGUUUGACUUAAUGUUUAUAACAGUGAAAGACAGUGGUACAAAUAACUUGUCAGAGUGCAUAAUCUAGAAUUCUCAUAUGUUUAGCUUUUGCUGUUGUAUUGGAUGUAAUUUAUACAUAUCCCUUAGAUUUGCUCAGCUCCUACCUGUCUGUGCCAGGCCGUUGGCCACUUAGUUUUGGGGAGACACAGUUUCUGCUAUCAUUGCUACCACUGCAGCCCUCUCAUCUAUUGGACUGUAACUAUCUCAGCCUUCCCCUCCUCUAGGGUGAAUGUUGGGUUCUGUUAGUUGCUGUCAGGUCAGCUCUGACUCAUUUCAACUUUAUGAAUAACAGAAUGCAAGGUCUGAAUUGCCUGGUCCUGUGCCAUCUUCAUGAUCA